AUGAGACAGAACAUCCUGCCGGCCCUGGCGUUCGCCGCCGGUGCCGUCGUCGCCUCGCACGAGAAGAUCGACAUCGACCAGCUUUACAGCUCCCGCGUGAUGAAGCGUGGUGUUGACGCGGCCGGCAACUUCAACAUGUCCUUCUUCCACAUCAACGACGUUCACGCGCACCUCGACGAGUUCUCUUCCUCGGGCACUGACUGCACGCGCCCCGAGCGCGGUUGCUUCGGCGGUUACGCCCGUGUCAAGCAUGCCAUUGAUGAGCUCCGUCCCCAGUACGAGAACUCGCUGUUCCUGGAUGCCGGCGACGAGUUUCAGGGCACCCUCUUCUACACCUUUUACAAGGGAGAGAAGAUUGCCGAGACGGUCAACCAGCUCGGAUUUGAUGCCAUGACCCUCGGCAACCACGAAUUUGACGGUGGUGAUGAUGAGCUCGGCGAGUUCCUGCUGAACCUGACCUUCCCCGUCCUCUCGGCCAACAUUGUCAGCACUCACCCCGCUCUUAACAAGACCAUUUUGCCGUACAAGAUCUACGAGAAGCACGGCGUGGCCGUCAUUGGCUGCACAACCCAGACCACGGCCAACAUUGCCAACCCUGGACCUGGCACUGAGUUCCUCGACGUCGUCAGCAGCGUUCAGCGUGCCAUCGACGAGAUCCACGCCACCACCGACAUUAAGCGUAUUGUGGCUCUCACCCACAUCGGCUACACUGACGAUCAGGCGCUUGCUGCUGCCACCACUGGUCUGUCCCUCAUCAUGGGUGGUCAUUCACACACGCCCCUGGGUACCGCUACUCCUGCUGGUACGGCUCCGCAGGGUGAUUACCCCACCAUUGUCAAGAACGCCAACGGUGAUGAUGUCUUCGUCGUUCAGGCCUGGCGCUGGGGCCAGUACCUCGGCUAUAUUGACGUCACCUUUGACGAGGAGGGCCAUGCUCUCGCCUACCACGGCGGUCCCAUCCACCUCACCAACAAGACUGCGGAGGAUGCGGCCCUCAAGGCCCAGAUCAAGUCGUGGCGCGGUCCUUUCGAGGAGUUCGCUGCCGAGGUCAUUGGCUUCACCAACGUGGAACUCGUCCAGAGCACUUGCCAGACACAAGAGUGCACUCUAGGAAACGUCAUGGCUGACGCCAUGUACGAGUACCGCGCUUCUGAGGGUGCCGACUUUGCGCUGGUCAACGCCGGCGGCAUUCGCGCCGGUAUUGAGGCUGGUGACAUUACUCGUGGCAACGUCCUGAUCUCCUUCCCCUUCGGCAACGCCAUCACUGAGCUCAAGUUCUCUGGUGCUGACGUCCGCCGCAUCCUCGAGGGCUGCGUCAGCCGCGUCAACCAGUUCAACGGCCGCCCCGUCACGUCGGGCUUCCAGGUCUCUGGCAGCAUCAAGAUCCAGUACAACCCUGCUCUCGCUGUUGGCUCGCGCCUCGUCAGUGUCUUGAUCAACGGCGAGGAGAUUGAGGACGAUGCCGAGUACACCAUUGUCACGCUCGACUUCCUCGCCGGCGGCGGUGACAAUGUUUUCGAGUUGACCACCAACUUCAUCCCGCUUGACCUGCAGGACGAGGUUCUCACCCGCUACGUCCGCGACAACAACCCCAUCAACGCGCAGAUUGAGGGCCGCAUCGAAGUUGUCGACACGGUGCCCACUGUGCCUACCACCACGGCCGUGCCCACGUCAACGAGGCCGCCCUGCAUUCCCCGUCCCAAGACGACGACUCCUCCUUGA